CUAAUCCUUCGUCCUCUUCCUUGUUGCUUCCUUCCUUCCUUCGCCGGAGCAGCAACCGAGGGUGAGGCGAGCAAGCAAAGGCAAAGCGCGACGCCAAGAAACAUCCAGACCCGAUCCCCACCUCCCUCCCGGAACGCUCUCCCCCUCUUCGUCCUCAUCCGCGGCCAGCUCGCUCGAGGCACCCUCCUCCUCCCUAUCCUAAUCCAGAUUGAUGGAUUGUUCCAAUGGUGAGGUUCAGCAUCAGUGGAUAGAGGAUGUCAAGUCAGGAGGAGCAGUUCCAUUUCUUGAGCCUGACAACUGCCCUAAUGGCUGGGCUACUCCCCCUGGGGACACAUUCAUGGUCAGAGGCCCUGAAUACCUUACAACCAAGGUGAAGAUACCAGGUGGUGAGUAUCUUCUAAAGCCUCUCGGAUUCGAUUGGAUGAAAAGCCCGGGAAAGAUAUGCGAGGUCCUAAAUAACAAGAAUCAUCGCGUGAGGAAAGCCAUCGACGGCGAGGUUUCGCAUGGCAAUCAGCCUUUUGUCUGGGCUUUCAACCUGCAACUUCCCAGUAAGGAUAAUUACAGUGCUAUAUUCUACUUUGUGUCACUGGAGCCUGUGCCGGAAGGUUCACUUGUGGAUCAAUUCUUGAAAGGGGAUGAGACUUUCCGGAAAUCUAGGCUUAAAUUGAUAGCGAACAUAGUUAAGGGACCUUGGAUUGUUCGAACAGCUGUGGGCGAACAGGCUAUAUGCAUAUUGGGCAGGGCUCUUUCGUGCAAGUAUAUUCAGGGAUCAAACUUCAUUGAAAUUGAUGUGGAUGUAGGAUCUUCUAUUGUUGCAAAUGCAAUUGUUCAUUUAGCAUUCGGUUCCGUGCAGACGCUUACGGUAGAUUUAGCAUUCCUUAUCGAGGGUCAGGCUGAAUCAGAGCUCCCUGAGAGAAUUCUUGGAGCUGUAAGGUUCGCCGAGUUAAAUCCGGGCUCAGCUGGUGUUUACGAAGUGCCAUCUGAAGAGCAACAAGAAAGUGCCCCUUUUCUGCCUGCAAGAUUGUGGCAGGGUUUCUCUAAUAUGUUACACAAUCCUGGAAAUGCUAGAGAGCCAUCCUCUAGUUCACAAAGCACUAAUGGGAGUUUACAUAGAGAAGAUGUGGAUGAGAAUACUACAAGGAAUUUGAACAAAGAUGAUGUGGAUGGUAAUACUACUAGGAGCUUACACAAGGAAGAUUUGGACGACAAUACCACAGGGAGUUUGCACAAAGAAGAUGCGAAUGAGAAAACUGCUGCGAAUUUGUUCCAAGAAGAUGGGUACGAGAGUGCUACUGGGAGUUUUCACGAAGAAGAUACCGAAGAGGAUACUAAUGGGAGUUCACACAAAGGAGAUGCUGAUGAAAACACUAAAUGAUAUUCUUGAAUCUCCUACUUGUGAAGCUUGACGCAGCUACACUGUCAUAUAUUCAAUAGUUGGGGUUAAUAUAUUAGUUCCGCAUCGUGUUGCAAUUCAUUCAAACGAUGGUCAGGCUCAGGUAGCUAUUCUUCAUGUUAUCAUGACCCUGGCUGGGGCUUGUGUGCCCUCACAUUUGUUGUAAAAAUUAUGUAUACUCCAUCACUCUGUACAUAAAACCGAAUUACAUUCAAAUGCAGAAAUUGGUAUGUGUGUCCCAUUCUCUUCUUGACAAAAUAGUUUACAAACUAAUGGGAAUGUUUCAUGGAAUCAAAUGUGGAUAUGCAUGGGUGUCCAAGAGUGAAGCAUUUGAUUCUGAACAAAAGAUGAAAACUAUUAAUCAAAAUGAGCUAUCAUGCUGGCGUUUGCUCGGUGGCGCUGAUGCUAAAGUUGG